UUGCCCACAUCAGGGGCAGCAAAGGAAGAAGCAGCCCAGGGGGAACCUGGCUGCCCUGUGAAAUAUUUCAGUGUUGUGUGGUGUAAGGCAUCAAAGAAGAAGCACAAGAAGUGGGAAGGUGAUGCUGUUCUCAUUGCAAAAGGAAAGUCAGUAAUCCUGAAAGACAUGGAAGGCAAAGACAUUGGAAGAGGUUCAGGCUAUAAAUCUAAGGAGCUGGAGAGUCUCGAAGAAGGCCAAACACUGAUGGUUGGAGGAAAAGAAAUCGAAGUGAUGGGUGUGAUUUCAGCAGAUGACUUCAGCAGUGGCAGAUGUUUCCAAGCUGGAAUAGGGACUCAUGACACAGUCCCAGCUGCUCUCUCUCAAGCCAAUCUGAAAUCAUUCUGUAAACCAUUCAAAGCUGUCUGUCAAGCCAGCACUAAAGAGAAUAUCCUCAAAGGUCCUCAAAGCUGCAAACCUCGCCACGAUCCCAGCGCUUCAAAUUCCCUGGUGAUGCCCAAACCAAGUGCCAGCCAUCAGUGGAUGUUCAACAAGGCUGGGCUGCCUGUGGUGGAUGUGGUUGUGGAUCCUUACAUCGCAAAUAACCUCCGACCUCACCAGAGGGAAGGAAUUCUCUUUCUCUAUGAAUGUGUGAUGGGAAUGAGAGUGAGUGGCAGAUUUGGAGCCAUUCUUGCUGAUGAAAUGGGCUUAGGCAAAACCUUGCAGUGCAUCGCUCUGGUCUGGACCCUGCUGCGCCAGGGGCCCUACGGCUGCAGACCUGUGCUCAAGAGAGCUCUAAUUGUCACCCCUGGGAGCCUGGUGAAGAACUGGAGAAAGGAAUUUCAGAAGUGGUUGGGAAGUGAAAGGAUCAAAGUCUUCACAGUUGAUCAGGACCAUAAAGUAGAAGAAUUCCUCAGCUCCCCACUCUAUUCUGUUCUGAUCAUCAGCUAUGAGAUGCUGCUGAGAUGCUUGGACCAGGUGCAGGCUGUGGAGUUCAGCCUCCUCAUCUGUGAUGAAGGCCAUCGCCUGAAAAACAGCUCCAUUAAGACCACCACAGCCCUCACUGCUCUGUCCUGUGAGAGGAGAAUUCUCCUCACUGGUACUCCAAUCCAAAAUGACCUGCAAGAAUUUUAUGCAUUAAUAGAAUUUGUGAAUCCAGGAAUACUUGGUUCUCUAUCCACCUACAGAAAGGUAUAUGAGGAGCCAAUUGUCAAGUCCAGAGAACCUUCAGCAACAGAGGAGGAGAAGGAGCUAGGAGAAAAAAGAGCAGCAGAGCUCACACGCCUCACUGGACUCUUUAUUCUGAGGAGAACACAGGAGGUUAUCAACCAGUUCCUGCCCCCCAAAAAGGAGAGCAUCAUCUUCUGCCUACCUACAGCACUGCAGCUGCAGUUGUAUCGAAAACUGCUUAGCUCCAGAGUGAUCAGGUCCUGCCUGCAAGGCAGGCUGGAAAACAGCCCUCACCUGGUCUGUAUAGGAGCUCUGAAAAAGCUCUGCAAUCAUCCAUGUCUUCUGUUUAAAGCUCUGAAGGAAAAAAGCUGUGAUCCUGUGUCUGGUGAACAGGAUGAGUCCAGCCUCUAUGAAGGUGUGAUAGAUGUCUUUCCACAAGACUACACUGCAGAGACUUUCUCUGAAAGUGAUUCAGGAAAACUGCAGGUGCUGCUGAGGCUGCUAGCAGCAAUCCAAGAGCUGAGCCCUUCUGAGAGGGUUGUCCUGGUGUCCAAUUACACUCAGACAUUAAACAUAUUACAGGAGACAUGCCGACGUUAUGGAUACUCUUACACCAGGCUUGAUGGCCACACUCCUGUCUCCCAGAGACAACAGAUUGUUGAUGCUUUCAAUAGCAAAUUCAGUCCAGCUUUUAUCUUUCUGCUGAGCUCAAAGGCUGGUGGAGUAGGGCUGAAUCUGGUUGGAGCUUCUCAUUUGGUCCUGUAUGAUAUCGACUGGAAUCCAGCGACAGACAUUCAGGCAAUGGCUAGAGUGUGGAGAGAUGGCCAGAAACAUACUGUGCACAUCUACAGGCUGCUGACCACAGGCUCAAUAGAAGAAAAGAUUUAUCAAAGACAGAUAAGCAAACAAGACCUUUCUGGGGCAGUUGUGGACCUCUCCAAGACAUCUGAACACAUCCAUUUUUCUGUGGAGGAGCUUAGGAACCUCUUUACUCUUCAUGAAGACUCCAGCUGUGUUACCCAUGACUUGCUUGAGUGUGACUGCAUGGGAAGGAGUGAGUUUCAAAAUUCUUCCUCAGAAGAGCCUUCUGUAUCUAGAAGCUGCCAGCUUGGCCAAAACCAAACGAAGGCUAACUCAAAGAAAGCUCUCUCCAUGUCACAGCUGAUGCAAUGGAAACACUUCUCUGGGCACCAUCAGGCUCUUGAUGACCCUUUCCUUGAAAGGAUAAAAGGCAAUGUUUCUUUCAUUUUCCAGAAUGUAACCAAUUCACCUUCUCUCUCCUGUUAACCUUCAGGGUCUUGCAUCCUCCUCCUCUCAGGGGUUGGAAACGACUGAUGUGCAGCUCCCUGUUGUUCUUUUGGCCAAGCUUGUGUGUUCCU